AUGUACGCGCUUGCUCUUGGCUUUCUUCCUAUCACUCGACCUCGGGCAGAAAUCAGCUGGUCAAUUCACGUCUCCAUGUCUAUUAUUCCUUCUUGAAUGAACUAUAAAAUCCUCCCCAAGUCUCUUUUCUCUUGCCUUAAUAGUCUACUCCACGAGCAAGACUUCAAGUGGCUUUUAGGCUCUCAGUUGGCUUCCUUCCCCAAUACAUAUUUCUUCAACUCUUGCUCAUCCAGGUAUUCCCCUCUAUGAUAAACAGGCUUCAUUCUACUCGUAUGGUCUUGUCAAUAAAUACCCAAAUAAUCUACUCUACAUUAUGUCCCAUACACUUAUAAGGACUGACACGGCGAGAUCCUCAUCUCCUACCGACAUUUGUCCUACUCGUCAUGGUGACCCUCUAGCCAUUAACGUAACUAUUAGACAAGACCCUCUAUCUGUGACAUUGGAUGGGCCAGCUAUCUUCGUCAUUGCCAUCUCGCUGAUUCUCAGCACGCAAUUGCUCCAGUCCUCAACUGUAGCUCUUCUUAUAUGUAUAACCACGGCCGUUAUAUUCGUCCACAACGAUUACCAGAACUACCUCAAGCUUGGCCCUGGAGGCACGCCGGCCACAUUUCCUGGGUACAUUCGUAUCAAUUGGCUCAAACUCUGGGCUUGCCGAGACCCUUUCAACGCUCUUCCAGCAGACCCGGACGUACACCCAGCCGUCGGGAUCCUCCGCAGAAACCCCCUUCCCUAUCGCUGCGGGCUGCGCCCCAAAGUCGUCGGAAUCGCUCCGCAGCGGCAGGUGAACCAGUUCGGAUCACGAGAGUGCUACCUGUCCCUGCGACGUAUCUUAGAGUCCCACAGCCGCGAUCACUCGGAAGAGGUGGGAGUAGGCACCUCGUGCUUCGAGAAGCAUGGUCUGGGUUUAUUUGCGCGAUAUCCCGUCAACAAGACCUGCCAGGGCGAGAUCUGCCAUGUGCACGACUCGGACCAUUCGAUGCACCUCAAUCUGCACCCGGACGACAUAAAGGAGGUUAUCGAGAAGGGCUGGGGCCAACGCCAUCCUCUGACGAGCCAGUGCAUGCUGAAGAUGCCUGUUCCCAAGCAAUUUACGAUGGUGUAUGCUCCUCGGUCGACGGACGAGUUGAGAGUCGUGUGCCAGAUCAUUGAAGCUGCUGGUUACUGGGUUAGGGCAAAGGAUAUGAAACUGGACGUCGCAGGGGAAAUUUGAACUAUUAGUCUAUUACAUGGUGAUACGCAAACCGGGCGACUAGAGCUGAAAGUCUUACAACGUACAGAGUACGCGAAUACUCCUAAGUACUAGGUUGCCUAGAUCGCUCCUUGACGUUGGAAAUGAGCCGGCAAAUCACGAGAGAUCAAGGUCAAAACACAAUAUCACUUAAGAGUAGACUUUAUGUCGACAAUACAAAAAUACUUUUUUUAAUUCCUGAGUUGCCAACUGGACGAGUACACCCAUGAGUAACACACACAUGUAUAGGGCGUGCUCGUAGAGAUGUCUACUCAAUCUUAAGUCGUUUACAUAGCUUAAUAAGUCGGCAAGACCGCUGAGAUAAGACCAUCUAACUCAGUCACUUAUACGAUCUCAAACCGAACUCUUGUAGU